AUGAAGCUCAUCACUGGUGUUGCUGUUUAUGCCAGCGCUGUAAUGGCAUAUGUAAACACUGCACCCAUGUUCAGCAGCAAAGCUCUUUUGGACAACCGUUAUCUCACCGACGCUCAUGAUGUGUCCUCGCAAUUGGAGAACCUUACAAAGGAUUGGUGCUCCCAGGAGCAAAAACUUCCUAUGAUCAUCUACAGAGUAAAGAAUCUUGCUAAGGGAUCUAAUGAUUUGGCAGAGGCGUUUACAAAUGUGAGAUACGAAUCUCCAAGCCAAUUGGACCUUACAUUGCACUCUCUGUGCCAGGUACACUAUUCCACCAACAAUCCUAGCGAGUUGAACGCUGGUGAGGUCUACGUUGUCGACUUAGACGACGACUCAAACUAUAAGGUCAAUGAUCUUCUUUCUGAAGAUGCUUUUGUGACCGUCCAAGGCAAGCCUAAUGGAGGAAAAGCACGUUCAUUCAUGGCUGGUAUCAAGGAGUAUGUUGACGACUUUCAACAAGGCUGGGCCAAGAGACAAGACGAACAGGACGAAGCCGAUGCGGAGGCUUUCGAAGAGAUUGAGUCGGCUUUCAGAGCAGCCGAAUCUUUGAUCGCUCACGAGGAAGGUGACUCGUUCGUGACUGCUUUAGCAGAGGACAAGGAGACAUCUUCUGGAUCUGAGGAACAGAAGCAAAAGACUGACGGCAGAUCCAAUCUUUUCACAAAAUAUCAAUUCUUCACACCAGGCAUUUGGCUGUGCUUAAUAAUUUCUUUAUUCUUGGUUUACGUCUUGCUCACUGCCGUUGGCUGGAUCUCCUCGAUCCAGAUUACCUACAAGUCCUUCGAAAAGCAAGUUGACUACGAGAAGAAGACAGAAUAA